AUGAUGACUUCGGAGGAGUCUGAUUCGAUAAGUACUAUUCCAUCCGAUGGCCACCCGGAAGAACUGUCAGCUUCAGGUACUGAGGAAGCACCUUCGUCUAUGGUGUCAAGCGAAGCAGAGUCAGAAACAAGUAUACUGUCGGAGCCGCAACGUAAUGAACAAGGAGACGGGCAAAGCCGGGAACUAGCCUCUGAUACACCAACUUACCUCCAGGACAAGAUAUCAGUACCCACCAUCGACGUGCGGUGUGUCGUGACAUCUUAUAUAUCUAGCAGAGGCUCAAUGUUGCCAUGGGGUCAAUCGAAGGGGCCAUCUAUGCCAGCCCCAGAUGCAGAUCUGCGUCCUGGCGAGUUCGUCAUGAGACUCCUUUUUACGGAGUUUACAGUGCAAGCGGAGAGGAAGAUGGAAGCAGUGAUGGCGGAACCAUUGGAGAAGCCCCUGAACAAGACGUUGCAGCGCGGUGAAGACCCCCAGUUGGAUCAGAUACUUUCAGCAUUCGGGACUGUGGCAGAACAUUGUCUGCCCUCAUUACUGCGGGCACUUUUCGGGUGGCUCGAAAGACAAAUGGCUGAUUCACCCCAACUUACAGAGCAGACCAAAAAACCGCAACAAGACCAGAGGAACAAAAGCAUCAUCUACAUAGUGUCUGGUAGUGGAGCAGGAACGGAACAAGUGGAGAGGAGUUGUGAGGAGUUGCACGCGGAACGGAGGGAUCUGGCCGUGGAGUUUCUGUUCUGUCUCGCUUUAAUCGAGGUGCUGAAGCAAUUGCCUUUCCACCCUGGACACGAGGACCUCGUCAAUUACAUCGAGAAUGUCGCCUUCAAACGAUUCAACUAUAAAGAAGGAUUACAAUCUAAUCCUAACGCAGCCAACGUGCACAUAAUAGCAGACCUUUAUGCAGAGGUCAUCGGCGUUCUAGCCCAGUCGAGAUUUGCAUCUGUGCGAAAACGAUUCACCGCUGAACUGAAGGAACUGAAGAGCCGCGAGCAGUCCCCACAGACCACUCAAAGCAUAAUUUCCCUUUUAAUGGGUAUGAAAUUCUUCCGCGUGAAGAUGGUACCAAUUGAGGAAUUCGAAGCGUCCUUCCAGUUCCUCACGGAGUGCGCUCAGUACUUCCUGGAGGUGAAGGACAAGGAUAUUAGACAUGCUCUGGCCGGACUGUUUGUGGAAAUACUUGUGCCAGUCGCUGCGACCGUUAAGAACGAAGUGAACGUUCCCUGUCUAAAGAACUUCGUGGAGAUGCUGUACAGCCACACUCUAGAUGCAAGCACAAAGUCGAAGCACCGCUUGGCGUUGUUCCCACUCGUGACGUGUUUGCUCUGUGUCUCACAGAAGCAAUUUUUCUUGGCCAAUUGGCACUGUUUCCUCGCUAUGUGCUUGUCUCAUCUUAAGAACAGAGACCCGAAAAUGUGUCGUGUUGCGCUCGAAUCUCUGUAUCGCCUCCUCUGGGUCUACAUGAUCCGCAUAAAAUGCGAGAGCAAUUCAGCAACUCAGUCCCGGCUGCAGAGCAUCGUGAAUUCGCUGUUUCCGAAAGGCUCGAAGGGCGUGGUCCCGCGCGACACGCCACUCAACAUAUUCGUGAAAAUAAUACAGUUUAUUGCGCAAGAGAGACUCGAUUUCGCUAUGAGAGAGAUCGUCUUCGACUUGCUGAUGGUUGGUCGGCCUAUUAAAAUUAUUCUCACCCCGGAGAGGAUGUCAAUAGGGCUCCGAGCGUUUCUCGUCGUGGCUGAUAGCUUGCAACAGAAGGAGGGGGAGCCACCGAUGCCCAGGACUUCUGGGACCCUCCCAUCGGGAAACACGCUGCGUGUGAAGAAGACCUUCUUGAAUAAAAUGUUAACGGACGAAACGGCCCAGUCGAUUGGUAUGAGCGCGUACUUCCCGUAUGUGAGGCGGGUGCUAGUUGAGAUUUUGAGGGCCCUCGAUGCUCACUACGGCAGACCGCUUAUGUUGACAAAUACGCAAAACGUUACAAAGGAGCAAGAAAUCAAUACGGGUGAAAGGAAGCCGAGAAUCGAUUUGUUCAGAACGUGCGUCGCGGCUAUACCGCGUCUGAUCCCCGAAGGCAUGAGUCCCAGUGAGCUCGUAGAUCUCUUGUGCCGUCUCACUGUCCACAUGGAUGAGGAGCUCCGCGGCCUCUCCUUCCAGAGCCUUCAGACCCUCAUCGUGGACUUCCCGGAGUGGAGACAAGAUGUUCUAGCAGGCUUCACUCAGUUCCUCGCUAAAGAAGUGCAGGACACAUCACCGCAGUUGGUGGAAAAUGGCCUUCGCAUGCUAUUGCAACUGAUUACGAGCUGGAAGAACGGCGAACCAGCUGCGACGGUACCCCCUAAGACUGAGCCUCUAGCCUCCGUGAUAAGAGCGGCUGAAGCUCUGGGACUGGUUAUGCUCUGUCAAUGCAAGGCCUAUCCGAGAAGACUGGCGGUUCACAUUCUUAGAGAAUGCAAAAGUCUGCUGGAGCGUCUUCAGUUGAACCGCGACGAGCCGGCGUUGAUAGACGCGGCGGAUGCGCACGUACCAUAUUUUACCGAGAAGUGCCUGGGUGCUUUGCCCCCUGCUGAGAAACAAGCCGUGUUAGCCGCUGGGCAACCGGAUCUCGUCUGGCUAGUUGAAAGAACACAUCCAGUUUGGACGUGUGGUCUUCAGCACGAUGAAACCUCGACGAAAAACAGCUGGAGUGGCAGCUCGACGAGUGGCGCAGACCCCUGGGAGGUGGUCUUAUACGGUCUACUUGAAAAGAACCGAGUGCCCGCAAAGUGCCCAACGACAGUGUUACAGGCCUGGCCCAUACUUCACGCCAGGAUCCAUGCUCUCUUUACAAUCAUCGAACCGGCGCCUGUCAAUGAUAAUCGUGCGUCUCUUCUCUCCCGUUCACCGGCGUUACCAAGGAAACCGGAGAAAGAGAGAGACGGCUAUAUGCAAGUGUGGAAGUACUAUCUUACUAUGGCGUACCUCGUGGUACCCGCUGUUCCUAGUCCGGUGGUCCGCUGCGCCAGUCCAGAUCUUAGUCUCAGCACGGAGCCCGAGGGAUGGCUCGGGACUCAGCUGAAUUCGUCCAACGAGAGCCUGAACGCGCCAGUCGGUUUCUUCACGCUGCCCUUGAGCUAUGCGCGUGCGCACAGGCACCACAAGCGGACGAGUUCGUCGCCGGAUUCGUUGAGCGAGAGAAGUGGUGGCGAGUCUCGUGGUGCCGCUGCAACCCCAAGCUCCCUCCAUAAGCUCGCCGUGCCGUUGGCGAGGUGUGAGGUAGCUGAAGUGAGAGACGCAGCUGUAGAUGCAUGCGGCCACAUAAACCCGGACGCGCUCAAAGAUCUCUUUGAAGAAUUAGUCCCGUUGUUACGCGAAGCAGUAGAUAGGAAACAAGAAAACAUGCGCCGGCGCAGACGACGCGACGCGCUGAGACUUCAUCUCAACAAGAUGUUACUGAUUAUAGCGCAGAGAAAAACAUUUGCCAUUAGCCCUUUCGCGUUAGAAGGCGGGGGCCUGCACCCCGCCCUUACCGAGUACCUAGAAGGGGUCCGUCAGAGCUUGGAGGUAGAGGCCGAGAAGGAUGCACCAGCCACCAGGGAACAGAGGCUGACCUUCGCGGAUUUUGUCACUGAACUUAUCAAGAGCUUUCCCCUGGAGAUGUACAGCAGCCUGGUGAAGCGUGAGCUCUGCAAAUCCUUAUUUUCGCUUUUCUCCGGGUGGUGUGGACCCUUAGUGAAGCACCUGGGAACUCUGGUACCUCAGCCGCCGACGCCCGAAGUCGACGAACGAUUGAACCGAGCCGCACUUAAAGCAAUGAGUGCACUGGUGUGUUGCGGCCCAUGUUUCGCGCCGAACGCCCUGGCUGAGGACGGGUCGUUGUACCCAUGGCUUAGCGAAAUGCUCUCCUCUCCAAACGAUAAGAUUUACGAGUUGGCGCGUGAAACGAUAGUACUCUUGUUGGAGUGCAACCCAGACAUUGGUCCUCUCCUCGACUGGACUGUUGACAAGUGCUUCACUGGGACACCACGAGUCGCAGAUGGUUGCUUCAUGGCGCUGGCAACUAUCUUCAGUGCGAGGGAAUACCCCUGCGACCACUACACCGCGAUCAUCAACGUGACUCUGAUGUGUACUGGGUGCCCGCGGGCUCCUGUCCACGAAAGCGCUCUACAACUUCUCCAGCUGCUCGACAAGAGAUUCUUCGGUACCGUGGGUCCACUCCCGGCCGAAGACGAUGCUGGUGCGACGAUAAAAUAUAUUCAACAUAAACCACCAUCAUACCACAGGUAUGGAGCAAAAAUGAAACAUACAUUGAGUCGAAAUUUCGAUAAUUGGUACUCGAUCUAA